GAGGCAGUGCUGGCAUGAAGAGGAAGGUGACCUUCAGAGCACAGAAGGAGAGGUUAGCAUGGGCCAAGGAAAUGAACUGGUAUAUGUCAGGAAUUCUACUAGGAGGUCACUGAUGUUGUAUUUCAUGUCACACUCAUAACAACUAUGACUUCGACAUUACGAUCCUCAUUUCAUGAGUGAAAACCUGAGGCUCAGAGAGGUCAAAUAACUUUCUCUAAACAUCUAUGCAGCCCAUAGGCAAUAGAGCUGGGAUGCAGGCCUGUGCUUUUUCAUCUAUGCUCUUUCCACCGUGUGACCCUUUGAGACGGUGUGCAGGAUGCAGACAAAUCUGUAAGAGGGAAGAUGAGGAACAGAAGACGUUUUGAAAGAUUAAGUUUAAACCUGAUAAUCUUUUUUGUGCAAUUUUCAUCCACUACUUGAGUUCCUGGGAACUUGCUUUCUGGAUUCCAUUUAUAGCACAGUGCUUUGGCAUAACAGAGUGUUUACUUUAACAUUUCUUUAUUCUACUGCCAGGACAUUGGUUUUGUCUCGUCAUUGUACAGUCUACCUAAAUGUUUUCAAUCAUUUAAAUGACUGUAUUGCGUUUAGGUAAGUGGAUGAAGAAGCUUCUUCUUUUGGCUUAUCUCAGGGCCAAACAUCCUUGAAUUCAAACAUGGGGUUGCUGCUUUCUUUACUGCAAAAUCAUCUCUGCAGAGCAGAUCUACAGAGCAAGCAAACAGGGAAGAACCCCUUGAAGGUGGUAUGCCUGGUGCUAGCCAUCUUUGGGACACAAUCUCAUGGAUACGAGGUUUAUAACAUCAUCAGCCCAAACAAUAAUGGCGGCAAUCUUCAGGAGACAGUGACAGUUGACAAUGAAAAAAAUUUCGCCAUCAUUAACAUCCAUGCAGGAUCAUGCUCCUCUACCACAGUUUUUGACUAUAAACAUGGCUACAUCGCAUCCAGGGUGCUCUCCCGAAGAGCCUGCUACAUCCUGGACAUGAAACAUAAAGCCAUCCCUGCUCUGGACCAACUAAAACGAUACAUCUAUGAGAGGAAGGCUCUGACAAACAUGUACUCGGACAAAUACAUCUGGGUCAAGUACAGCCCACUGCAGUCUCUGAUCACUCAUGUAGACUGGUUCCUGUUCGGCUCCCCCAUCAAGCAGCUCUGCAGUCAUGUCCCCCUGUAUAAGGGAGACGUGGUGGAGAAGACACAUGACAUCCGUGCUGAAGCCUGCGCAAAGACCGGACUCCUGGGUAUCCUUGGAAUCUCCAUCUGCGCGGGCACUGAUGCUUAGGCACUGAGCCCACUGGUGUCAUCUUUUCAAAGACACAGCCCCUUGGUUUCCACUCAGCAGCCAAAUUAAGCUCUUUCCCAACACCCUAACUAAUGUUGAGACUCAGUAGUAAAACAUAAAUCCUAUAUUUCCAGAUAUAUGGGUGUUUGCUUUUUUUUGUAAACAGCAACGGGAAGCCAAACAAUGUUGAUGUCAACCUACAGAAGGAAAGAAUUUACCAGAACUUCAAGUGAAGCACAAAAGGUGCGAAAGCUCCCAGAUAAUAACGCUGAGUCAUUGCAGGCUGGUCUGCUGGGUGCAAGUGUACAUCUUGUCUCUGCCCACCAGACCAGCCACCCAUCUGUCCACCAAAAUGAAGGGAGUUAAGGGUACACUUAUACUGAUGAGUACUGAGGAAUGUAUAGAAUUGUUGAAUCAAUACAUUGUACACGUGAAGCUGGUAUAACACUGUAUGUUAAUUGUACUUGAAUAAAAAAAUAAGAAAACAAAAUAUUCAUUAAAAAUAACAAAAAACAACCACUUGUACAGGCCGCAGGAGGCAGCGGCCUCCACCCUGGGAGGGGGGUGGGUUUGCCGUACUGUUAUCAAACGGCUUGACUGCUCAGGUGAAGGAAACUAUCCUCUAUGACAAGGCACCCAGCUCGGAGGGCCAUUCACA